AGCUGGAGUGGGCGGAGCUACAUGGGGAAUGUAGAGAGGAGUUGAGUUGGUUAAAGGGGUUUAGUUUAGUUUAGAUUUUUUUUGAGUGCUGUUUUAGUGUUUGUAGAACUGCGACUAAUAAAAUGGCUCGUAGUUUUGUGGGAUUUUGCGUUGAACCGGAAUAAAAACAAGGCGGGUAAAAUGAAGACUUUACUUUCCUACGGGUUUCUGCUGCUGUUUGUCGGAGUGGCCCGAGGAGCUUCCUUUUAUGGUGAUGGAUUUGUGCAGUUAAAAGUGAAAGAAUCGACUCAGCUCAACACACUCCGUGUCCGCUUCCGCACGUCUAGCCAGAGAGGUGUGCUCUUCCUGGCUGCAGGGCAAAGCGAUUACCUGCUGCUGGAACUCAGUUCUGGCAGACUUCAGGCAAAGUUGGAUCUUGGUUCUGGUGAGCGAAUUCUACACUCAGACAAAGGGAACCCACUGAAUGACUUGGCUUGGCACACAGUAGAUCUUCUCCAUGACAGAUUUAAUGUAAACCUAACUGUGGACAAGCAUGUCCAGACCAGCCAGACACUUCCAGGCUCACAGAAAGAGCUGGAUAUCAGUGAUGGUUUAUAUAUUGGUGGGACAGGAGGAUUGGAUAAAGUCUAUCUCCCUACUGACCUCACUGGCUUCCGUGGUUGCCUUGAUGAAGUGCUAUUUAAUCAGCACAACCUCCUCUCAUCGCUUAGGCCAUACUCUGGCUUAAAGAACGUCUAUGAGGUUUCUCUUGGAUGCAGUCCACAGUUCUUUGCUAAUGAAGAGGAGGCAAUCAGUUUUUUCAGUUCCAGGGCAUACGUCUCUCUUCCUCCUCGGUCUGCACAGCAAGAAUGGACUCUUGAAUGCUUGGUACAUACAUCAGCUCCAGAGGGAAUCAUUAUGUACAAUUCUGCUCGAGAAGGGGGCUUUGUUGCCAUGGAGAUUCACGAUGGCUUACUUGUUGCUGUGGUGGGCAGAGAUGGAUUGAGAACAGAGCUCCGCUCUCUUACUUUCAUCAAUGACAAGAAGUGGCAUUAUGUUAAGCUUUACUUCACCUCUAAAAGCUUGCAGCUAACCGUCGACGGAGAGACUGUGAGGUCUAGUAUUAAAUCCAGAUCAAAAUCCUUGCAUUUGAAAGGUUUUCUUUUCCUUGGUGGCGUAGAUGAUGGUACUCGCUCUGAAGUCAGAAAGGUGGGCCUGUCAUCAGUGGCAGGAAAGCGCAUUAAAGGUGGCUCCUUCAAAGGAUGCUUUAGAGAUAUUAAGAUCAAUGGCAUUUUAACAGGUCUCCCAGACGCUCUGGUGACCAAAGACAUCUCAGUCGGCUGUGAACCGGAAAAGGAACCUCAGGUUAGCCCCACUUUGAGCCCGAGUACUGUGAGUCAGAUUUUUGAAUAUGUCACUCAGUUACCGUCUAUAGAUAUGUCCACCCUUGCAAAAGGUCUGGUUGCUGGGCAUGGACAAAAUUUCUUGCAACUUAGGAACCUUGUUGUCCCUGAGGGUGGUCGCGCAUCAUUGGAAUCAAAACACAUCAAAGUGAACCUGGAUUUCAAGAAGCUCGGAAUCCGUCAGUCUCAGAUCAUGUUGAGAAUCGAAGAGCAGCCAGUGCAUGGUCAAUUGAGGUUUGAUGUGGACCAGGAGCAAGAAGAAUAUACGUUCAGUAUGCUGGACCUGUGGCAUGGCAGAGUGAUAUACAUCCAUGGAGGUUCUGAAGAUCCACAAGACUACUUCAUGUUCUCGGUGUUCUCCAGUAGCAGAAAAGUGACACCGAGCUACCUCAAGGGAGAGAAGUCGUACAGAUUCAAUGUGACAGUAACACCAACAAACGAUGCCCCUGAAUUGAGCCUGCCUGAAGGAAAUCUCUUUGUUCUACUGGAGAACUCUAGGAAGAGGUUAACCACUGAUGUGUUGAAAGCCACAGAUGUAGACAGCAGCUCCACAGAUUUGGUUUACUCUGUAUUGGGAAAUCUUAAUGUUGAUGCUGGGUUUCUGGAAACUGAUGAUAACCCUGGUCAGGCAGUUACUUCAUUCCCUCAUUCAGCUCUGGAAGCAGGAAAAAUAAACUAUGCCCACGCCGGAGUAAGGAACUCAAGGAUAGUGUUGAGGGUUAGUGAUGGAGAGAAGAUAAGCAACACGGUGGUGCUACGAAUUAUGGCGGUUAAAUUGGAAUACAGCAUUAUAAACAACACUGGGGUGGAGGUCACUCAAGGAGAAAUGGCUCUAAUAACCACUACACAGUUAGCCAUUCAGACAAAUGCAGUAAGGCAAGUAGUAGACAUUCAUUAUGAUGUUGUUGAGCCGCCAAGAUUUGGAGAAUUACAGAAGCUUCAUUCAAAUGGAGAAUGGAAGUUCGUUCAUUCUUUCUCUCAACGAGUUUUGGAGAAAGACCGUCUGAGAUACCUUAGCACCUUUAAGGAUAUUCAGUCUGCUAAUGUAACCGAUCACUUCAAGUGUAAAAUCACAAUUGCAACAAAAGCAACAGAAGAACUGGUGUUUAAUAUAAAGACUAAAUGGAUUAAUUACAUUGUGGAGAGAAAUGAAGUCCUCGAAAUGGACAAAAUCAGAAGAAUUGCGAUUGAUUCAGAGCAUCUAUAUGCGACGGCACAAGGUGCGGCUUUAACUGAGGACGAGAUUUAUUUCAAGCUUCUCUCUUCAACGAAGAAAGGGUUGAUUUUGCUGAGUAAUGAAAAGCUAGGUACAUAUUCAACAUUUAGCCAAAUGAACAUCACUAACAUGGAAGUGGAAUAUCAACUAAUCGAUAGAUCGUCUGAGAACACAAGUGACCGGUUUGAAUUUCAGGUGUUCAGCAAGCACGCUCGUUCAACUAGUCACGUAUUCAGGAUAAAUAUCAGAGCAGAUAUCAACAGCGUUUACAUUAAAAACAGUGGACUUUCAGUUUUUGAAGGCGAGAGCAAACUUAUUACGAACAAUGAACUGUUUGCUGAGACUCUGAGUACUAAAGAAAUCUACUACACAGUCACUGAGAUGCCAAGACAUGGCAAACUAGCACGAAUCAACCUGUCCAACUCAACCAAGGAUUAUGAUAAUCUGAUGUCUUUUACCAAUCAGGAUAUCACAGAGGAGCGCCUCAUGUACAUCCAUGAUGACAGCGAAACAACUCAUGAUCAGUUCAGAUUUACAGCUUCGACAAGUCCGCUGGCAAAGAGCCUCGACAACGAAGAUGAGGUCGGCUCCAGAGACGGUGUCUUCAACAUCUCUAUACAGUUAGUAAAUGAUGAGAAACCUGUUCGAAUCGUGGAUAAAGUGUUCCAUGUUGUCAAAAACGGACAGAAGCUGUUGACGUUGGAUGACUUGUGCUACCAUGAUGCAGACUCCGACUUUAGUGAUGGGCAGCUUGUUUACACCCGCCGCGGGAUCCCUAUAGGCGAUCUAGUGUUUGUAAAUGACACGUCUCACAAACUGUACCAGUUUCACCAAGAGGACUUGGAACAGAAGCGAGUGUUGUUUGUUCACCGUGGGAUGAACUCUGGCCGCUUUGUGCUUUUCGUGUCGGAUGGCAAGCACUACAUCUCCUCACUGUUGGAUAUCAGCGCUCAGGAACCGUACCUUAAGGUCGUCAACAAUACAGGCCUGUUGGUCCAAAAAGGACAGGCCGGGACAUUCAGCAUUGCUAAUUUCAGUGUGGUUACAAACAUGGACAUCAGGGAAGACCGUGAAAUCAAUUUUAAGAUUAAUGACUCUCCAAAACACGGAGCAUUGUUUUUAAAAGACAAGCAAAUUGACUCUUUUACCCAGUAUGAACUGAAGAAUGCUUUGCUGUCGUAUCGCCAUGACGGCAGCAAGAAUUUGGCUGAAUUUUUCAGUAUCAACGUGGAAGCAAAAGGGUUGCUUGUGGAAGCCAGGAUCAAUGUGAAAGUGUACUUGGAAAGCCACCAGAAGCCACCUGUCAUACUCAACAAGGAAAUCUUAGUGGUAGACGAGGGAAAGCCAGUGAAGAUUGAACGCAGUAAACUUGAGGUCACUCAUGAAGCAAAUUUGCCCAAUGAAAUCAUCUUCACUGUCAAAGUUGCUCCAACUUAUGGAUAUCUGCGAAGUUUUGUUAGCAAUAAAGAACAAUUCCAGGGACGUGAGCAGGACCCUUUAAUGACCUUCACACAACAAGACAUCAACGCUGGUAAUGUCCAGUAUGUACAGAUAACGCCUGACCAGGUGAACGACUCCUUCGUUUUGGAAGCCAGCAACGGGGUUGCAGAGCUGAGUGGAAUCGUUAUGUCUGUGGUUAUCAUUCCUCGAUAUAUACCUGUUGAGGUGUUCAAUGUUACGCUGAAAGAAGGAGCGUCCAAAGCCUUGACAGAAAAGAUCAUCCGAGUUACCAGCCAGCAUUUCUCUGGGCUUCACUUUGUGUAUUACGUGUCAGAGGGACCAAUGCAUGGACACAUUGAGAACUCUCGUUUCCCAGGAACACCCACAACAUAUUUUACCAGAAAACAGGUGGAGCAGGAGUUUAUCUACUAUGUCCACGACAACUCUGAGACAUUACAGGACUACUUCACUGUUAUAGCCAAUGCCACGGAUCUGCGGAAACACAGCAUACCAAGGACAGUGCAUGUUCAAGUCACACCAGUAAAUGAUGAACCUCCGGUUAUCACGGCCAACAAAGUCCUCAGGGUUUGGGUCGGCUCUAUGACCGAAAUCACUCCUGAAGAUCUGAAUGCAGAGGAUGAAGAUACAGCUGCAGAACAGCUACAUUACCUCACCACUCAACCCAGUAAUGGUCACCUGGCACUGAAAAGUGCUCCCACUAGACCGGUCAUGAACUUCACUCAGGCUCACAUAGACCAGGGACAACUACUGUUCGUGCACCGUGGAGCCACGGCUGGAGGUUUUAACUUCCAGGUGAACGAUGGGGUGAACUUUGCUCCAAGGCAGAUAUUCAGUGUAACAGCUCAUACACUUGUUCUCCACAUGGAAAGGAGCGGUCCACUUAAGGUGUUUCCAGGCGCUUUAUCCUCCAUUUCAAAAGAUGUCCUCAAAACAACAACCAAUGACAAUGAAGACAAUUCAAACCGCACCAUUGUUUUCACCAUUGUUAAUCCCCCGAAAUUUGGAAAGCUGGUGACUGUGCAGGCAGACAAGUCCAUCACUGAGAUUUCUUCCUUCACACAAGAAAUGGUUGAUGAGGGUAAGGUGGCAUAUGAACAAAGUGUCGACUCUGUUGGAUGGGCAGCGUUAGACAAGUUCAUGUUCACUGUGUCAUCACCUCCUGCAAGCCUUGAGGCUCAGACCUUUGAUAUCGACAUCUCUUAUGAAAAUGCGGGGCCUGAACAAAACUCUCUCCUUCUUCAAAACACGGGAGCUGUGGUAAUAGAAGGAGACAAAGUAGUCAUUGACAAAAUGAUGCUGGAUGCAUCAAAUCUCCUUACCAAACAGCCAGAGUCUCGUCGCAACUUGUAUGACGUCUGGUUCCAGGUCACGUCACUACCUCAACAUGGUGUCAUCAUUGUGGGUGAACGGAAUCUUACAAAGGAAAAGCCAUACUUCUCUCAGUUCAUUCUGAACAAAUAUGGAAUAACCUACCAACACGACAACUCUGAGACCACGCAAGACCACUUUGUCUUUGAUGCUUUCCUUAACCUGAAGAGCAAACCUGCACAGCGCCCUCAGGAUGACCGUGAAGUGUUAGAGGAAACAUUUAACAUUACGGUCACUCCGGUGAAUGAUCAGCCACCUGUCCUGAAGACCAAAGCACCAAGCCUCAAAGUGGUUCAAGGAGACACUGUGGCUCUUGGACCCAGCAACUUGAAUGUAGAAGACCUUGACAACUCCCCAGAAGAUAUCCAGUACUCUGUGAUCAGCAAACCUAGCAAUGGAUUCCUUUCUCUUAUAGGAAGUCUAAAUGUGUCUGUGGAUACCUUUUCUCAAGCCCAGAUCAACAAUGGUGAAGUAUUCUUUGUCCAAGAUGGCAGUCCUGCAUCUGGGGUGUUCUAUUUCAGUGUCACCGAUGGUCAUCACCGGCCAAUCUACAAACUUUUCAACCUAGAGGUGUUGAAGAUUUCCAUUUCAAUUGUCAAUCAAACAGAUCUGAUCUUGGAGCAGGGACAAACAUCAGUGGUGCUCAACCAGUCACACCUGGCUGCAGGGACUAAUGGAAAAAACACUACUGUCCAAUAUAAAAUAACUGCUCCGCCAAAGUAUGGCAAACUUCUCUUGGACAAUGAAGAGGUUACUGCUUUUAAUCAGAAUGAUUUGCAAGCACAUAGAUUAAGUUACCAUAUGGUCAAUCUUGCAUCCUCUCAUGAUAACUUUGAGUUCACUGCCUUCACAUCGGAGGCAAACCUGACUGACCAAAUGGUUAACAUCACAGUUAAGCCUUUAAUUUUGUAUGCAGAAGGUGUAAAGUUAUCAAAUGAAAUUCGUGUUAAGCUUAAGGCAGACUUUCUCAAUGUCUCUGAGCUUGCCCUGAUAAGUGGUGCCGAUCCCUUGUUUGAAAUCCUGUCCCCACCAAUAUAUGGCAAGAUUAUAAAGAUUGGAAAGGGGAAAAAAGCAGAACCUACAAAGACAUUUUUCUUUAGCGAGUUACAGCAGGAAAAACUUGCCAUUGAGCUAAAGGCCAACCUUACUGCAGUUCAAGAGGUGAAUGACUCAUUAAGAUUUGUCCUAAAAGCUGGCAACCUCCAACCUGCAAAUGGGGAGUUCGUCUUUAGCAUUGUGCCAUGUGACCCUGCUCUCAUAACAACCACAGCUGUCUCAUUGUACACAAGAAGUACUGCUUCAUCCAGCCAAACCACAGUUAUGAGCUCUCCUCUCAUUUCCAAAUCUCCAUCAAUUCAGCCUUCAGCGCUGGUCACCAAGGCCGCACCAAAGCUCAAGGGCCGCAAUCGCUGGGGUAACUCGAACCGCAGUGACUCUCAUGCUACUACUAUGCUUAAACCAACUCUUGGUCAAGAAAUUGUCCCAAUGAGGAACCAACCAGUGAGAGUUGAGUCAGUGUCUCAGAGCAGCUCCUCCUCCAACCCCAUGCUCAUCAUCCUCCCACUGCUCGCUCUUCUACUUGUGGUGAUUGUUGUCAUAUCGGUGUUACUACUGUGUCGAAACAAGCAGAAAAAGAAAAAAUCUUUGAAUGGUGCCUCUGUUCCUAAAGCCUUUCCUGACAGUAAACACUAUCAAGGUCAUCCAGAGAGGACUGCAAUGGUUCCGUUAGUCACUGUAACCCCUCUCAGCCCAAGCAACCCUGGUAGUCCUGCUCUGACGAGAUUCCAGACAGGCAACCCUGCCUAUGGGCAAUCCAUGUCUCUGUGCUCCUUUGGUGACAUGGCUCUUGAAGCCACACAGUUCUGCAGGACUACAAACCCUGCGUUGCAGCAGAAUCAGUAUUGGGUGUGAGCUAUAAUCAUGUGGAUAAGGACCAGAUCAAUCACAGUGUUUUAGUUGAAACCGUUUUGCAUUGUUACUAGUUGACUGAAUCUUGUAUCCAGACUGUUGAAUUCAUUGUUGGAGCAAUGUGGUAGACAAUGCAACGGCUAAUUUACUUAUUUGUUUUUGUAUCCGGGUCACAGUUGUGCUGCUUGGAUCAGUACUUUGUCUGUCUACAUCUGAAAUCCCCAUUUUUACCUGGCAUUAGCUUAAAGAGGUUAAAACACUACCUUUCUCUUUUUUUUAUGAUGCUGGACUUCACAACUCUGGUUCUUUUGCACUCAACUUUAAUCCACUUUUAAGGAAACUAUUAAACAAGCCAAAUUGAACAAGAUGAACUCAUUUGUUCAAGUUUGACAGACAAGAUGUGUAGCCACAAACCUCCAUAAUGAGAUGAGGUGUAAUUAACAAUAGUCGUUUUUUUCCAAACUUUUAAAGAACUCCGAAUUAUUAAAGUAUUAAAUAUUUAAGGAUUCUGAAGUGCAAAACAGUGGUAUGGGUGCGAGCAGUGAUAUUGAAGGAGAACUCUGAUAACUGCACUACACUAGACUGGACUAGCAUUCUGGGUGGCGUCUGCUUUGUGCUAGGCAAACAAACCACAACACUAAAAAAAAGAUCGAGUGUAGGAGUGGAGAUGGGGAAGUGGUGGGGGAGAAAAGAGUCAUGAAAUUCAAAAGGAAGAGAGGGGAAUUACUAGUAAGAUAGCCAGUAUGAAGUUGGAGUUUUGAUCCAUUUCUGUGUAUUAAAUAUUGUGUUUUAAAUCAUUGUGACUACUAGAUAUUCUAGUGUAUGGGGGCAUGGUGGCUUAGUGGUUAGCGCCUUUGCUCAUACCUCUGGGGCUGGGGGUUUGAUUCCUGCCACUGCUCUGUGUGCACGGAGUUUGCAUGUUCUCCCCGUGCUUCACAGGUUUCCUCAGGGUGCUCCUGUUUCCUACCUGUCCAAAGACAUGCAUUGUAAGUUGAUUGGCAUCUCUAAGUUGUCCGUCGUGUGUAUGAUUGUGGCCUGUAAUAGGUUGGCACCCUGUCCAGGGUGCCCCCACCUUGAGCCAGGCUCCCCACGACCCUGUGUAGGAUAAGUGGUACAGAAAAUGGAUGGAUGGAUGGAUGGAUAUUCUAGCAUGUCAUGCACUUGCUCAUUGUUGGUCUUGCAGGCCAGUAUUGUAGCCUUAAGCACAUGUUUUAAGCACUAUCUCCUUUCACAGAAAGUUGACAUUUGACCAUCACUGCAAAAGCAGCGUAUUGUUUUUUUUUUGUUGUUGUUGCUUUUUUUUUUUUUUACAUAAAGUGCUCAAAAGUUUGCUGAUACAAAACCAGACCUGUGUGCAACACCCUAAAAAUGGUGUGGUAUACAUUACUACAGUUUUGCAUGCAAGCGUCUAGAGAGUCUUGGCAUGGGACUAGAAUGCAGUAAACCUCACAAAAUUUUCAGUCUCACUACGUCUAUGUUCUGAAAAGCACACUGUUGUCAUGAAAAAAUACGUCUCCCUGAGGGACUGAGCAUGGAGGUACACACAGAGGCAUACUCUAAGGCUCACUGUGCGUGCUGUAGAGUUGUCCUGAUUUCACCUAACCCUGAGGAAAGUCCAGGUCCAUCACACUUUGUUUUGAAACAAUAUGGUUCAGUCUACUAUGACAAUAAUCUAAUGGGGAUUUUAAUGGAUGUCUUGUUUUCUUUCCAAUCACCAGGAUUGGCAGUAGUUAUUCAACCGUAUCAGUGACCCUGCUUCUGUCUACCUCAGACAUCUGCUGUAGGAGUGAACCAUGCAACCAAAAAAUGUUCAGAAACCUUUUUAAAAGACAGAAUCUUUUAUACAACUAAACACUCAGAUUGCAUUAAGGUACUAUAUACGUUCAUGCUGUUGGUAUUUUACAACAUACAAAUAUUUAUUUCUAUAUCCAACUUAUGUAUUGUACAUAUUUAAACAGAAAUGUGGUACAUCAUUUGUUUAUGAUUAUUCCUAUUAUUCUAAGUACAAUUAUUGAUUUUUUAAAUAUAUAUAUAUAUAUAUAUAUAUAUAUAUAUAUAUAUAUAUAUAUAUAUAUAUAUAUAUAUAUCUCAGGUAUUGGGAGAUUAUAUUAGACACUGAAGCUGCAUUACACUGUUUGUCAUGAGAGCACAUGAUGUAACUGUAUAUUACAGUUAGCACUGACUUGUUGGAAAGACAGUUACUCUUUUCUUAUUUAUAUUUUAACAUGUUGAGCUACUGAAACCAUUUAUAGUGCAUGACUUCACUAGUGUGGGCUGUAGAUUAUUUGUACCUUUCAAUUGUGUUUAUUCCACUGCAAAAAAAAAAAAAAGAAGUUUCAUCUGUUCUGGUCUUUAUCACUGGACGUGUAAUCUUUUGCUCACUGUAUUGUUAUGUUUGUCAAUAAAUCGUGCAUGUACAGCACCUAAUUAAGUCACAGUAAAGUCAUGUUUCAUCCGUU